AUGGGUCGAGGAAAGAACUCGAGCGCGUAUCGCGAUAUGGACGAGGAGUUCUUCGCGUCCUUGGAGGAGGCCAACUACGAGUGUCACGAGUCGCCGACCAAGAAGGCGCCGUCCUGCUCGCCGCUGUCCGAGUCCACGAUCCUGCACAAGCAUCUGGAGCAGCGUCGAGCACUGCGGACCAAGGUCGUCGUUGCACUGAGCAUGUUGGUGCUGGCGGGUGUUGGAUCUGCAGCGCUGUACUCGUCGGUGGAUCUGUCGGUCUGGGUGCUGAAGAUGCGGGGUCCCUGCCCGAUGUUCCGAGGCAGCGCGAUUGAUACUUCUACCGGGGGCAGAGUGUUUGAUGGUGACAACGACUCCCCGUACUUUGGAGACGCCAUUCUUGCAGCUGAUGAGUCCGCCGAUAUCAAGGACGAUCAAGAGGGCGAACAAGCAAUGGACGACCUGCUGCUAGAAGACCACGACCCCUACGAGGAAUUUCACCAAACGGGACGCCAGCUAGAGCACAAGUAG